AGAGAGAGAGAGUUUCUGUUUGUUUCUCGGGAAAAACACGCCAGAAAAAGUGAAAGAGAAAAUGAAGCAGACGAAGACGAAGCUACCGAUUCUGAAAUACUUCCUAAUCUCUGUCUUCCUCUCUCUCCCUCUCGUCCUCUUCUUCUGUCUACAGCUCCGGAAACCUUCCUCUGUAGUACUCCCCGUCGGGAAAUCCUUGCCGGAGAAUCUGAUCGCCGGAGAACCAGAUCUCAGGAUCCGACCGGGGUACAAAUCGUACGAGUCAUACAUCCAACGUCAGCUCAACAAGACGCUGAACCCGAGGCUCCGUAAGAUAUGGACGACGCGCGACUGGGAUCGUAAGAUCCAAGUCUUCUCGAGAUUCUUCGCAGAUCUGAAACGCCAAGGCCUCUUAUCGAACAGCUCGAGAUGUCUCUGCGUCGGAGCUCGGGUCGGGCAAGAGGUGGAGGCGCUGAAACGGGUCGGAGUAUCGAGCUCGGUGGGGAUGGAUCUGGUGCCGUAUCCUCCAUUGGUGGUGAAAGGGGAUUUCCAUCACCAGCCGUUCGAUGACGAGACAUUCGAUUUCGAAUUCUCGAACGUGUUCGACCACGCGUUGUACCCGGAGAAGUUCGCGGGGGAGAUCGAACGGACGCUGAGACCCGGAGGGGUUUGCGUGUUACACGUGGCGGUUUCUAGACGGUCGGAUAAGUACUCAGCGAACGAUCUGUACAACGUGGAGGCUCUCGUGAGGCUUUUCCGUCGAUCGGAGGUCGUUCACGUCCGGAAGGUUGACGGUUUCGGCUUGGAUACUGAGGUCGCCUUCAGGAAGAAAACUGGUUCGUGAUUUUUUCGUCUGUUUUUUUUUUCUUUUUCACUGUAAUUUUUUCCUUUCUUAAAGUAGGAUAUAAUUUUCUAAAUUGU